CCCAGAUCCCUUUCUGGGAGCUCUCCUGGACAGGAUGCCGGGGAGAGGUGGAGCCAGGGAAUGAUUUCCAGGAAAAGCUGGUGGUGGAUUAGGCAGGAGCCCCAUUGCAAUGAAUAUUUCUGGUUGUGCCAGAUCAAUUCCCCUCGGCAGCGGCCCCUGAGCUGCGGGAGCGGCAGAGAUCCGCUGGAUCCCGGCUGAUCCCAAAUCCGGAUUGGGGAUCCUGCGGCUCUGCAGGGAGCUCAGCCCGGCCCGUUCCGUGUCCCCCAGCGCUCCCGGUGCUCUCUGCCCCCCAUGUCCCCCCUGGCUGUCACCCUGGCCGUGCUGGCCAUGACCGCGGUCACCGCCGAGGUGCAGGAGGUGACCCUGGACAUGGCCGAGGACUCGUUCGAUGACCAGUACCAGGGCUGCCGGGACACCAUCACCGCGGCCCUGCGGAACCUCAGCAGCGCCGAGUUCCAGAGGAACCCGCACCUGGCGCGGGUGUGGGCCAAGGCCGAGGCCACCUGGCGGAAGUGGGGACGCCCCAAGAGCCACCUGUCCCCGGACCAGGCCAUCGCCAUCGUGGCCUACACCGGGAACGAGCUGUACGAGGAGUUCAACGCGGCGGUGCGCCGGGCCGGCAGCUCGGGGCUGUGGUACCACCGUGAGUUCCACUACAAAUCUCUGGAUUUCCUGCUGGCUGACGCCCUGGCCACGCUCUGGGAGCCGCGGUGCCGCUGCGUGUUCCGCGGCGUGGACGGGCGCAGGUUCCUCGCCCAGCCGGGAGACACCGUUCGCUUCGGUCAGUUCGCGUCCACGUCGCUGUGCCGGAAAGUUGCGCAGAAAUUCGGGAUGGACACGGUGUUCCAGGUGAACACCUGCCAUGGAGCCAACAUCCACACCUUCUCCAACUACAAGGGCGAGCAGGAGGUGCUGGUGCUGCCCUUCGAGACCUUCAGGGUCACCAAAGUCACCCAGGAAGGGAAAACAACGCGGAUCCACCUCAACUCCAGCGGGACCUUCAGCAAGUACAACUGCGAGUGGCUGCGAGGUGGGAGCCUGCCCAGCGACCCCCCCCAGCUCGGGGGGCUUCUCCUGGCCACCGUGGCCAUGGCAGUGGCCAGCGGAACCCUCUGAGCCACGAGGCCACCAAGGUCAC